GCAACCCAAGAAAGCAUUUCAUUUUCAGGGUGAAAGAAAUAAAAGAGUAAUAAAGAAGAGAAGAAAAUGGGGUUGAGAAUAUGCUUCGUUUUGCUUCUCUUCUUCCUUCUUCUUGGCAUUGCCACCCCUUCAUUUCUUAAAUAUGAUAGGCUGGACAGUCCAGGAGAAGAAGGGCGUUCCCUUCUUCCUCGCGGUCCUGAUUGCCCAUUUGACGUAGAGAACAUGAACUACAAAAUAGUUACUAGCCAGUGCAAAAGACAACCUAAUUACAGCGCCAAGCUAUGCUGCACAUCAUUUAAGAAAUUAACCUGCAAAUACAGAGAUGAUCUUAACUCGAAUCCCAACACUUGCGCCACCGAAAUGUUCUACUAUCUCCGUCGUUAUGGCAACUAUCCUGCUGGGCUUUUCCUCACCCUCUGUAAGGAAGGCAACAACGGCCUCGACUGUCUUGGGUAUUAAUACAUAUAUAUAUGAAAGUAACAGCAGCCGGAAAAAGUGGGCGCUACCGGCCAAUGCGUAUACAAAAUUGGGAAUAUAUAGAUGCAUGCAUGUCCAAGAUUUGGAUUGCAUCCAUGCAAAAUUUGUACUAUAUAUAUAACUAGUAUAUUACCCGUGCGAUGCACGGAUAAAUUUUUUUAAUUAUAUGUUUAUAUAAUAAAAUAAAUUAAUGAUGAAAUUAUAAAUAAUUCUAAUAUUUGAAA